GAGUACUUGGAGACGAUAUGGGGUUAGGGAAGACAUUUCAAGUGAUUGCUUUCAUUUCGGGGCUGAUUAAUGCUGACCUUGUGAAGCGUAUUCUUAUAAUUGUGCCAAAAUCUUUGAUUCCUAAUUGGAAAAAAUAGUUUAAGAAAUGGUGCCGUGAAAUACCAGUAUAUUGUUUUCAUGGAUCAAAAAAGGAAUGUGCCUGUAAUUUACUUCAUUUCCGAUGCAAAGGAAAAGUUUUACUGACAAGUUAUAGAAUGAUUGCUGACAAUAUAGAUAGUUUAUGUAACUUAGAAGGUGAAAGAUUCGUAUGGGAUUAUGUUAUAUUGGAUGAAGGCCAUAAUAUAAAAAAUCGUACAAAAACUGCAGAGGCUGUACAUGCUAUUCCAUCUAGAAAUCGCAUAGUCUUAACCGGGACUCCUGUUCAAAAUAAUUUAAAAGAAUUAUGGGCAUUAUUUGAUUUUGCUCACCAAGGAACUCUGCUAGGUUCCUUAAAGACUUUCAAAACUCAGUAUGAAAAUGUAAUAAUUCGGUCUAGAGAAAAAGAUGCAACUCUUGCUGAAAAAAGAUUAGGCACUGAAAUGGCUGAUAAUUUAAGAAAACUCAUUGAACCAUACUUUCUGCGAAGGAGUAAGUCUAAAAUUUGGGACCAUGAUGAGUUCAAGAUUGAUGACUUGGAAAAGAAACUGGAAUAUAUAAACAUUUCAGAUCAAAGAUUAAAUACUAGGAAGAAUGAUUUAAUCAUUUGGCUUUUCAUGUCAGAAACUCAAUGUGAAAUGUACAAAAAUUUUCUACAUUUGGAAACAAUGAAAAAUGUUUUAGUUUCUCAAAAAUCGCCAUUAGUAGAGCUAAGCAUAUUAAACAAGAUUUGUGAUCAUCCAAGACUUUUAAGCAAAAGAACAUAUUUGCAGCUAGGAUUAAGUGAAGAACUCAGAGAAGAAGGUCUUCAAGAAUUAGAUGAUGACUCAGCAGAUAUAUCAUCCAUUGAAGGUGUUUCAGAUGAGACUUUAAUUAAAGAAUCAGGAAAGCUAAAGUUUCUGAUCAGUCUUUUGGAAAAUCUGCGAGAAAAUGGGCAUAAAAUUCUUGUGUUUUCUCAUUUCAGAAAAAUACUAGACAUGGUGCAGCGCAUAUUGGUGAAUAAACAAUGGAAAGUUAUAAGAAUUGAUGGAACAAUAGCAAAAAUUGAAGAACGAGAAAGAAGAAUUCAGUUGUUCCAAAGUGAUCCAUCAUACAGUGUGUUUCUUUUGACCACUCAGGUUGGAGGUAUUGGCAUUACAUUAACCGCUGCUGAUAGAGUUGUUAUUUUUGACCCCAGUUGGAAUCCCGCUUCGGAUGCUCAAGCUGUAGACAGAGCAUAUCGUAUUGGAAUAAAAGAUGUCAUAGUCUAUAGAUUAAUCACAUGUGGCUCUGUAGAAGAAAAAAUAUAUCGUCGUCAAAUAUUUAAAGAUUCAUUAACAAGGCAAGCCACAUCCCAUUCUGAUCCAUAUAGGUACUUCUCAAAAGAAGAACUUAAAGAGUUAUUUACUUUUGAAGAUCAUCAUUAUUCAGCCACACAAGUUCAGUUAUCUCAGAUGCAUUCUAAACAGCGUAAAACUGAUUUGUCUUUGGAUGAGCAUAUUGCAUUUCUUCACACAUUAGAUAUAUUUGGAAUCAGUGAUCAUGAUUUGAUGUUUACGAAAAAUUCGCAAGAAUUAGCAGAGGAAAACGAGAAAGAAAGAGUAUGCAAUGAUUGCAUAAAAAAACAGGUUUCUUCAGCAUAACAACUGAUUCAGGCUGAAGCAAGCAUUCGAACAGAUGGUAGCCAUGGUAGACCAUUUUUGGAACCUCUUCCAACAUUCAAGAAACCAAAGAAAAGAUGUAUAUCACAUAGUGAUAUUUCUGGUACACCUGUGGAAAAAAUAACUACUCUUAAGGAAAAUAACAUCUCAAGUUGCUGUUCACCUAAAGUAGAGAAUGACACUGCAUUACAUGUAUCAAGUGAAGAAGGCUUAAAGAAAACAUGUAGUUGCUCUCCAGCUUAUAACAGCAACAAAAAAGAAAAACAAAGCCCUUUUUAUCAAAAUCAUAAAGACACAAUCAUCGAAAACUCUGCUUCUUAUCAAAUUAUUACUCCUGAGCUACAUCCAUCUGAAAUAAAAUCGAACAUUCAAGAGUUUGUAAAUACGAAGGAUAAUGCUGAAUUUGGAAAGGCGAGUGAAUUUCAAUUUCCA